UUCUCUCAUUCCCCCCGUCCCCCAGGGUUUGCAUGCGAAGCGUCUUUAUGGAUGAAAAGGAGGACGCGUGCCUGUCUCUGGGAGAAAUCGCCGCCAGCGUCAGUGGGCCCUUCCUGCCGUACAUAGAGAGCUCGUUCCAGGAAGUGUCCAAGUUCCUGGAGUGCCCCCACAUCCGGGUGCGGAAGUCGGCUUUCGAAGCCCUGGGACAGUUCAUCAUUUCGCUGCAUCGGGUGUGUAAGCAGGACCCGUCUGAAUCUCACAUUGCUGCUUUUCAGAAACUGGUAUCUGCCGUGCUGCCAAUCUACAUGAAAGGGAUUCAGGAGGACCAGGAGCGCCAAGUGGUGAUGGCUGUUUUGGAAACCUUGGCCAAGGUGGUGAAGGAGUGCCAGAAAGAUGUCCUGCAGGAGCCUGGCCUAGUGACAGAACUCUGCCGGGUGAUUCGGGAGGUGCUGGAGCAAAAAGUAGCCUGCCAGGACAGCGAGGAGGAUGAAGAGGAUGACGACGACGAACAGGCAGAAUAUGACUGCAUGGUGAUCGAGUACGCCGGGGAGAUGAUUCCUGUCCUUGCUGAAGCCGCCGGAGGAGAAACUUUUGCUCCGUAUUUUGCCGGCUUCUUGCCUCUGCUCAUCAACAAGAUGAAGCCUUCCUGUUCCGCAGCGGACAAGUCCUUUGCAGUGGGAAUCAUCGCAGAGACAAUUCAGGGCCUGGGAUGCGUCUCAAGCUCUUUCGUCCCACACCUGCUGCCGUUGCUGAUGGGAGCAGCCCGUGACGAGGACCAGGAAGUGCGCAGCAACGCCGUCUUCGGGCUGGGUGUCCUGGCAGAACAUGGCGGGGAAGCCAUGUACGAACACUACCCCAGGAUCCUGGCACUUUUAUCCAACCUCAUUUCUCAGGAGCGCAACAGCCGGGUGACGGAUAACGUCUGCGGCGCUGUUGCGAGGAUGCUGAUGAGCAAUCCUGGGGCGAUGCCUGUUGAGCAGGUUUUCCCUGUCCUGCUUCACGCCCUUCCUCUGAGGGAGGACCUUGAAGAAUACAAAACGGUGUACCGUUGUAUCACAUUUAUCUACGAACAUGAUCCAACACAGGUAUUGCAGCAGAUUCCGGAGAUCGUCCGAAGCAGCGGCUCUAUUCUAGGUUGCAAAAAUCUCCCAACAGAAGCCAGGAACCUCCUGCUUACGCUCCUGUGCAGCCUCUCGGCCCACUGCCCCGCCGAGUUCCAGAUGGCCAUCCUGGCCCACCCUCCAGAAGUCGGCAGUUUGAUCAACGCGGCCAUCAGCUCCGCUUGAGCCAGCCAGGGAGUGGCGCUCUCAUCCAACUUUGCACCAUCAGCAGCCUCCAUCAGCACCACGUUCUUUGCAGACUUUUGACCCCCACCUUCGGUGCCAAAACAAAGCCCCCUCGGUUUCCGGUUGCUCCCUUCGCUUUCCUCCUGAUCCAAAUGCAAAGACCGGCGUUCAGAAUUGCAGCCGGGCGGCUGCAUUUGUCUUGGGGGCAGGGGUCAAGAUAUUUGUGGGUUUUUUUUUUCAGAGUUAAGCUUUUUCCUCCCCCCUCUCCCCAUUUUAUCAUAAAAAGCAAGCUCUUUGGCUGAAAAACCUGAUUGAUAUCCCAGGGUGGGUUGCAGCCAUCCCUU